ACCACAACAACAGAAGAAUACUACUACGGCGUGCGGCGAUCAUGGUCCUAAUGUCGCAACUCGACUGAGAUUUCUAGCUUCAUGCGUCUUUUAUCUUUGCUUAGAAGAGCAUCCUCUGGUAUAUCUGCUGUGUCAGAAGCCAUGGUUCUUGGUGGAAGUGAAAGUGUUAUUCGGAAUGAACGCAGCUAUGAGGAUACCAUACGGGCACUUAAUUCCCUGCAAACUAAUGCAGCUGUCUUGGAUCAAAUUAGAAAAGAGAGGGGAAACAGAACUAUGUUGAACAGUAUUCCAGGGAUGGAAGUAUUUCUAAAGAGAAUUGAUAUUGAGGUUGAUGAACUUGAUAAGUUAAAUGUCAUACAUGUGGCAGGGACAAAGGGAAAGGGUUCAACAUGUGCAUUCUCAGAAUCUAUGCUAAGACACUGUGGCCUAAAAACAGGCUUUUACAGCUCUCCUCACUUAAUUGAAGUGAGAGAAAGAAUAAGAAUAAAUGGAAAACCUCUUGAGAAGGAAAAGUUUGUAAAAUAUUUUUGGGAAUGCAUGGACAGAUUGGAGGCAACUUUAAUCGAGAAUGAUGGUCAAAUGCCUGCCUACUUCAGAUUUUUAACCCUUUUGUCUUAUCAUGUGUUUUUGCAAGAAAAGGUUGAUGUUGCAGUCAUUGAGGUUGGCAUUGGAGGUGCAUACGAUUGCACAAAUGUUAUCCGAAACACAAUUGUAUCUGGUAUAGCUAUGCUUGGCAUUGAUCAUGUGUUGAGCCUUGGAGACACCAUCCAACAAAUUGCAUGGCACAAAGCUGGAGUUAUGAAGGAAGGUCAUCCAGCUAUUACUGUUCCUCAAGUGGAUGAAGCCAUUCCUGUUCUCAAAGAUCGAGAGAAAGAACUUAAGGCAAAUCUUUUUAUGGCUCCACCCCUCGAAUCUUAUGAGAAUGAGCUACCAGUGAUUGGGUUGGAAGGCACACAUCACAAGUUCAAUGCAUCAUUAGCACUUCAGUUAUGCAGGAUGUGGUUCUUGGAGAAACAAGCCUUCGUGAAGUCCAAAGGGUUAUCACAUGUAACAAAGAUGCUGGAUCUACCAAAAAGCACAAAGAUUGACGAAAAGUCUGGCAUUCCUUUUGCAUCACCAUUUUUCAUACCACAGCCGUUUAUUGAAGGUUUGCAGCGUGUAAAAUGGCCUGGAAGGAACCAAGUUAUAUCCCGGAAAAAGAUAACCUUUUACAUCGAUGGCGCUCACACAGCUGAAAGCAUCAGAGCUUGCAGAGAUUGGUUUUCAUCUCGGAAGGAUGUUGACAUCAGCUUUCAGAGGGAAGAUGUUUUCAGAGUUUUGGUGUUCAAUUCAACUGGUGGAAGAGAUGCACACACUUUACUUCGUCCAAUUUCAGACAUUGACUUCGAUUUUGCAGUUUUUUGUCCAAAUGUCGUGGAAUCAAACAACAAUGAACCUAGUUCAGAUCAGACCAACUUUACAGUGUCUAGGGACCGACAGUUGUCUUGGUGUGCACAGAAUCAGGUAGCUUGGUUGGCAUCAAAAGGCCUUGGCAUAUCUCUCACAGGGUCAUCAAUAGACACAACUAGCUCACACUUGGCAGGGCUGUCCCUGCAAACAAGUGACAAUACUGCAAUAUUUUCUAGCAUUUCAGAUGCUAUAAGGUGGAUUUCAUGUGGCAAGGACCCCUUAAUUGAGAAGCCUAAAAAUGGUGGACCGGAAGUUCCGAAUAAACUCGCCUUGGCUGAACACGUCCAGGUCCUUGUGACAGGCAGCCUCCAUCUCAUAGGCGGUGUUAUGACGUAUUUAGGCCCGGAUAUCGUGGACCUGAUCUAAAUAUUUUAAAUAUAUACAUUUUGGGAUUAAUCUACACAGUAUCUUAUUUAUCCUGUAACAUAGUGAGAUUUUCAUCUGUCAACGUUAAAUUUGAAAUUGCAAGGUGCCACCUUCAUAUUUAGCUAUAAAGGUUGACCCAAAAACAUUGAAAAUGUUGAACUGAUCUCGUCCUACGUGGAAUUGACUAAUGUGUAUAUACCUUUUUUAUUAAUCUUUUCCACAAAAAUGUGACUACCUUUAACUUGAAUAAGGUACCCAAUAUUUAACUCUCCUUUUCUGUAAAUAAAUUUUGCUCUAAACAGAGAUGCGUCAAUACCAUAGUUAAAGAAAGAGUCAAAUUUAUUCAUUAUUAAAGAGGAGAUAAGGAUGAACAAUUUAAACCUUGGUAAAAGUUUUACAGGGCCUAAAAUCUUAAAGACGAAUUUGGUAAUCUUAAGAAGUUUGCCUUCCUCGAAAUUCAUAAUCGUGUAUUCCACCUUCUUAGCAAGGUUUUAUGUCAUGUCUAUGCGUGUAUUCGUGAUCGUUACUGCGGUUUAAUCGUGUAAAUUUUCGCGUGUUUCAGUUUGAUAUAUGCGGUCGUCCUUUGUUUAGAAAUCAUUAUCUUGCGGAGAUAACUGUCGUUUUUUCACGUCUCUACUCUCAAA